UCUGAUCAUUUGGAGAUCCUAGCUACAGAUUUUGGUGUGAAAACUCAGAGAAGAUUAACUCUUGAUCGUGAUGGUAACCUUAAAUUAUACAGCCUGGAAGCAAUGAAUGACGGGUGGGAUUCGGUUGUCACAUGGCAAGCGGUGUCGGAUCCAUGCACGAUUCAUGGCAUAUGUGGGCCCAAUAGUGUUUGUAGUUAUGAUCAUGCUUCCGGCAGAAGAUGCUCUUGCUUGCAAGGAUUCAAGAUCAAAGAUCUAACUGAUUGGUCUUUUGGGUGUGAAGCAGAAUUCAAUCUCGCUUGCAAUCAGAGUCAUGAAAAGCUGUCUAGUUUUGUCCAACUUUCUCAUUUUCAUUUCUUUGGCUUUGAUUGAUUUAGAGUUCCUGCCUAAUGUGACCUUACAACACUGUGAAAACGAAUGCCUAACGACGUGUAGUUGCAAAGGUUUCCUAUUUGUAGUUAAAGCAGAUUACGGUGGCUAUUUAUGUUACCCCAAGUAUGAGUUAUUCAAUGGACAACUUACACCAACUUUUGAGGGAGACUUGUAUUUAAGAUUACCCAAAGUUGGUUUUGUCUAUAGUAAGACGCUGGAUGCCGCCGAAUCAUGGUUGAAUUGCACAGCCGAACUUGGCAGGCCAGUUAGAGGAACGUAUGAAAAUAAGAUACUGAAGCUUUUGCUUUGGUUUACUACUGCAGUGGGAGGCCUAGAGGUAACCUGCAUUUUCCUGGCGUUCUUUACCCUGUUUAUGAGCAGUAAGAAUUCCGACCCAGUUGCAGAAGGACACCUCCUGAUGUCUAGAUUCAAGCGAUUCAAGUUUUCUGAGCUGAAAAAGGCCACACGGGGAUUCGUUGAAGUGAUUGGACGAGGAGGGGGAGGGGUAGUAUCCAAAGGUAUACUGCCCGAUAAGCGAGUUGCAGCAAUCAAAAGACUCGACGAAGCUAACCAAGGAGAAGCUGAAUUCCUAAUAGAAGUAAAUACCAUAGGGAGGCUUAACCACAUGAACUUGAUAGACAUCUGGGGUUACUGCGCAGAGGGAAAGCAUAGGCUUGUGGUGUACGAGUACAUGGAGCAUGGAUCCUUAGCAGAAAAACUUACUUCUAACGAACUUGAUUGGAAAAAGAGGUUUGAUAUUGCAGUGGGCACUGCGAAAGGCCUAGCUUAUUUGCAUGAAUAGUGCCUAGAGUGGGUUUUACAUUGCGACGUAAAGCGUCAUAACAUACUCUUGAGUGGGUUUAUAAUCGUCCUAUCACCUCUAAAGUUGAUGUCUAUAGCUAUGGG